AUGUCGGGUAGAUUCGCGGAAUAUCUUUCGGAAUUCAGACAAAAGGAACUGCGUGAAAUAGCAAAUGCUAUUGUAGCACCCGGCAAAGGUAUCCUGGCCGCCGAUGAGAGCCUCCUCUUUAGUACGGACCCAUGUUUGGCGAAGCAUAUUUCUGGCGUGAUUCUUUUCCACGACACAGUCUAUCAGAAGACGGAGGAUGGCACACCCUUAAUUAAGCUACUUCACGAUCGCGGCAUUAUUCCCGGCAUCAAAGUUGACAAGGGCGUUGUUCCAUUGGCGGGCACAUUUUCUGAAGGAACAACUCAGGGCUUGGAUGGUCUGAGUGAAAGGUGCGCACAAUAUAAGAAAGAUGGUUGCCACUUCGCCAAAUGGCGCUGUGUUUUAAAAAUUUCGGACAAGACACCGACAUUUCAGGCAAUGAUGGAGAAUGCGAAUGUUUUGGCACGGUAUGCCGUCAUCUGUCAGCAGAACGGAAUUGUGCCAAUUGUGGAACCCGAAGUUCUUCCGGAUGGAUCCCACGAUCUUUAUGUUGCGCAGCGCGUCACCGAGGAGGUUUUAGCUUUUCAGUACAAGGCGUUGGCAGACCAUCACGUCUACCUUGAGGGAACCCUCCUCAAACCCAACAUGGUGACCGCUGGUCAUUCCUGUUCCCAAAAGUUUUCGAAGGAGCAGAAUGCCACGGCCACGGUUCAGUGCCUUCAAAGGAGUGUUCCGGCUGCAGUUCCCGGGAUUGUUUUCUUGUCGGGAGGUAUGUCCGAGGCCGAUGCUACUUACAAUCUCAAUGCCAUCAACGCCCUGCCAGGCAGAAAACCCUGGGCUUUAACAUUCAGUUUCGGAAGGGCUCUCCAAGCCUCUGUUAUUAAGAUCUGGCAGGGUAAGAAUGAGAACACACAAGCAGCACAGAACGAACUUCUCAAGUUAGCAAAGGCCAACGGCAUGGCUGCCCUGGGUAAAUUUGAGGGUACCUUGGAGACCGCCGCUGGCGGUCAAUCGCUGUUCGUCGCGAACCAUGCCUACUGA